AUGUCGACCUGUGACGAAACCGUGUGGGCAACAAUUCUGGCCCCCAAUGAUGCAGUGAUCCUACAAGAAUCGAGGUUCGUCGGCCCUCCUUUAUCUGACCGGACCCGACGAAUCCAUAAACGACGUUUGAAUCGGUCUAGUGACCAAGAAGAGCAACAUCUCUCACUGUCCCCCGUGUCAAGCACCUCGAGGUUUGAUCCAUUUGUCGGUAUGCCGGAGCACCUUAUCUCGCUCGCCACCCCCGGAAUUUUGGGUACAAUCUGGAUGUGUGUCACGCAUUCGUCGAACGUAUCGGCCUGGUAUGGUACAUCCAGCGUGUUAUUGCCGACGGGGUUAAUGUUGUUCAUCCGCGGAACAUCGGUGUUUAAGACGAAGAAGGUCAAGCUAUACGUUGGAAAUCCAACCAUUGCUGAUAACUGGGACGAUACGGACGGCCUCAUAUGUCACGCAUAUCCCUGGGUUCCGAAAGGCUACCCCAUUGACCGCAGUAGGAAAUGA